UUCUAAUAAGAUUAAGAUAAAUUGACAAAAAAAAAAUUAAGAUAACAAGGUAGCUGAUAACUGCCCGGUGCCCACUCUUGUGAUUAGUUUUUUUUUUUGGGUUCGGAAUACACGUUUAUCUUUGAGAAAAUAAGAAGUUUGUAAUUAAACUAGGCGUCUAGAUCAAUUUAAUAAUAAUAAAAAUUCAUAUGAUAAUUGAUUUAUUUUAUUUUUAUCAAUUUAUAUGUCAUUGUAUUAGUUAGGAUUGUGUCAAUUUUUUUAAAAUAAAACACAGUUUUUCAUUAUAUUGGAUUAGAUUCCAACUUCCCGUAAGUCCGUAACAAUAAAAAUUAUGAUUAAUAUUAACCAUAAUGCAUAAUACAUAUCGUGUUAACCAUAUGGUUUGUCUAGUCAAAAGAUAUAAUUAAUAUUGUUUGACCAUCACUUUUCUUGGUGGUUCAUGAAAUUAAAAUGUACGUUUAAAAGUUAAAAACUCAACUUUCCACGGUUCUGUCCAAGGAUAGUAGAAUGUGGCGACGAAUCACUGCACAGAGCUUUAUCCCAUGUCAGCUACAUAUUCGCCGAAGUUCCACUCUCUCGGACAUAAACCGGUUCCUUUCCUCUCUAAAAAUACAAGGAACCAACCUCAAAACAUUAAAGCAAGCUCAUUGUUCCAUGAUCAUAACUGGUUUGCACAAAGACAACCUCAUCGUUGCCAAACUCAUCGAGGCGUGUUCCGUCGCUGGACAUCUCCGAUACGCUUACUCUGUAUUCACCCACCAGCCAUUUCCCAACACUUAUCUCCACAACACCAUGAUCAGAGCUUUGUCUCUCGUCGACGAACCCAACGCGCACUCAGUGGCGGUUCUGGUUUACAGAAAGUUCUGGUCUUUGUGUCCGAAGCCCGACACGUUUACGUUCCCUUUUGCGUUGAAAAUUGCUGUUCGGUUAUCUGAUGUUUGGUUCGGGAGACAGGUUCAUUCCCAGACAGUGGUUUCUGGGUUUGAUUCAAGUGUCCAUGUUGUUACAAGUUUGAUUCAAAUGUACUGUUCAUGUGAAGUUCUGGGAGAUGCGCGUAAGGUGUUCGAUGAAAUGCCUGUGAGGGACGUGACUGUUUGGAACGCGUUAUUAGCCGGGUAUGGAAAAGUGGGUGAGGUGGAUGAAGCGAGGAGGUUGCUGGAGAUGAUGCCUUGUUGGGUAAGGAAUGUUGUUUCUUGGACUUGUGUGAUCUCGGCUUACGCCAAGAAGGGACGAGCUAGUGAAGCUAUUGAAGUGUUUCAGAGAAUGGUGAUGGAGGAUGUUGAGCCUGAUGAAGUUACGCUUUUGGCAGCGCUCUCAGCUUGUGCUGAUCUUGGCUCGCUUGAAUUGGGAGAAAGAAUAUGUAGCUACGUUGAUCACCGAGGGAUGAAGAGAGGUGUUUCGUUGAACAACGCACUCAUUGAUAUGUAUGCGAAGUCAGGGAAUAUAACAAAGGCGUUGGAGGUGUUUGAGAGGGUUGACGAGAGAAACGUGGUUACUUGGACGACUAUAAUCACAGGACUAGCUACGCACGGGCUUGGAGGUGAAGCCUUAACGAUGUUUAACCGUAUGGUUAAAGCAGGCGUGCAACCAAACAGUGUUACUUUCAUUGCAGUCCUUUCAGCUUGCAGCCAUGUUGGUUUGGUUGAUCUUGGAAAACGUUUGUUUACCUCAAUGAGAUCUGAGUACAGGAUUGAACCGAACAUUGAGCAUUUUGGAUGUCUGAUAGAUUUGCUAGGACGAGCAGGUAGACUCAGAGAAGCAGAAGAAGUUUCUAAAACCAUGCCAUUUGAGGCUAAUGCUGCAAUAUGGGGAUCUCUUCUUGCUGCUUCAAAUGUUCAUCAUGAUGUUGAGCUUGGAGAAAGAGCUUUGAAUCAGCUGAUUAAGUUGGAACCGAAUAACAGCGGUAACUAUAUGCUUUUAGCCAAUUUGUACGCUGAUUUAGGAAAGUGGGAGGAGUCUAGGAUGAUGAGGAAGAUGAUGAAAGGGAUUGGUGUGAAGAAGAUGGCUGGUGAAAGCUCUAUUGUAGUUGAAAACAGAGUAUAUAGAUUUAUCUCUGGUGAUUUUUCACAUCCUCAUGCUGUAAAGAUUCAUGAACUUCUACAAGAGAUUGAUUUGCAAAUACAGAGCAAUGAAAUUUGAGACAGGUUUUGUGAGGAAGCUAGCUUUUUAUUAUGAACAAGAUAAGUUAGUUGCCUGAUGAGCUUCUACUGAAAAUAUUGGCCUUACUUCCUCGUAUGAAAGGUGUUGUGGACACUAUGCUUUUGUCAAAACGAUGACAGUUUCUUUGGAUGAUGGUUCCAACAAUCAAAUACAAUGAUACGCUUGAUAGCUAUAGUAAGCACAAGUAUGGAAGCUUUUCAUUGUUUGUAGACAAAUCUUUUUCUAAGAACGAGGCUCCCAUUA